ACGUUCAAUUAUUAAACGAGAGGCGAUGUGACUUUUUUGUGUAUGUUGAGGUGACCGUUUCAAGAUGUCACAUCCUGAUUAACGCACCUCUUCCUACUCUCACGAGAGUGUCGUCACUUGUGUUUUUGUGUCAGUGAUGUUAUGGUCUCAGUAGAUUCCUUAGCUAGCGGUUGCCAAGGACUAAAAAUGAAUUAAGAUAUGCGGAUGGAAUAUCACACAAGAAAGGAAACCAGUGGGUGGAGCUCAGAUUUCCAACCAUAAUAAGGUUUUCGUGAUUAAUGCUAGACGAGCGAAACAUAUUCCAGCAUUGCACUACGAAGCCCUGUGUCUGGGAGGAUGUUCCCCGGCCUGGCCCAGAGACAAUGGCAAGUCUUUUGCAGGGUUUACCUCCAGCACCGAGCAUCCCUGUCACAACUACCCCCCAGGGUCUCUCGACCAUGCCAUGGUUGGCAGAAGGGAGGAAUGCACAACUUAUGGUUCAGUCUCCCUGAUUUCCGUAUAGCCUCUUUAGCAACGGGCCAGGUCCAGUUCUAUUCUUCUUCAGGAAGCAGUAAGGACGGUCCUCCUGCUGCUGCUUCAUGUGGACCAGAUGUUCCGCCUACUGCGGAAAAGGUGCUAGCUGGGGCUAUGCAAGCUUCUUCAGACACUUCAGGAUCAAAGACACCCCAAGGUCUAACAAAAACUGAGGCAAUCCAAGUGAAAGUGCGUGCUGUCCUCAAGAAGCGGGACUACGGAUCUAAGUACACUCAAAACAACUUCAUCACUGCAGUCAGAGCUAUGAAUGAGUUCUGUCUCAAACCAAGUGACCUGGUACAGCUAAGGAAAAUCCGUCGACGUAGCCCACAUGAUGACACAGAGGCUUUCACUGUAUUCCUGCGAUCAGACGUGGAAGCCAAAGCUCUAGAUGUGUGGGGAAGUCCUGAAGCUCUUGCCAGAGAGCGGAAAAUCAGGAAAGAAGUUGAAAAGGAGUAUGAGGAAAAUAUUUUCCGGAACCAGCAAUUGCUCAAGGAAUACAAAGAUUUCUGGGGUAACACUAAGCCUCGAUCAGGAAGCAAGAGGGCCACAUUCUCACAAGGGCCCGGGAAGGUAGUGAUGGUGGCCAUAUGCAUUAACGGACUGAAUUUCUUCUUCAAACUCCUGGCUUGGGUGUACACUGGAUCAGCCAGCAUGUUCUCAGAAGCCAUUCACUCCCUGGCGGACACCUGCAACCAGGCUCUACUUGCAAUUGGCAUCAGCCAGUCAAUCCGGAACCCUGACGCCGUCCACCCGUACGGCUUCUCAAACAUGCGUUACAUUGCCUCACUCAUCAGCGGAGUGGGCAUCUUCAUGAUGGGAGCAGGUCUCUCUUGGUACCAUGGAAUCAUGGGACUCCUUCACCCACAGCCAAUCGAGUCUCUGCUUUGGGCUUACUGUAUCUUGGCAGGAUCACUGGUCUCCGAAGGAGCAACACUGCUAGUGGCCAUCAAUGAGAUUAAAAAGAGUGCUAGCCAGCAAGGAGUUUCCUUCUAUGAAUACGUGAUGCAGAGUCGGGAUCCCAGCACAAACGUGGUGCUCCUAGAAGACGCUGCUGCUGUGCUAGGAGUGAUUAUGGCCUCAAGCUGCAUGGGGCUCACCUCGCUCACAGGUAACCCUCUGUAUGACAGCUUAGGCUCCCUGGGUGUAGGCACCCUCUUGGGCGCCGUGUCAGCCUUCCUCAUCUACACCAACACUGAGGCCCUGCUGGGACGCUCCAUCCAGGCUGAACAUGUCCAGAAACUUACAGAGUUCUUAGAGAACGACCCCGCCGUGAGGGCAAUCCACGAUGUGAAGGCCACCGAUAUAGGCCUGAGCAAAGUCCGCUUUAAAGCAGAAGUGGACUUUGAUGGACGGGUGGUGACGCGGUCCUACUUGGAGAAGCAGGACAUUGAACAGAUUCUCAACGAUAUCCAGCUGGUGAAGACCACAGACGAACUAGAGAACUUCAUGUUGAAGCACGGAGAGAACAUUAUCGACACCCUUGGGGCUGAGGUGGACCGCCUGGAGAAGGAGCUCAAGCAACGCAACCCAGAGGUACGGCACGUCGACCUAGAGAUUCUAUAAAACCACGGAUCUGCAGAUGAAAGUCCUGCAACAGCAAGAAAGGAAAUGGGUUGGGCUGGUUGAGGGCCAAGUUGACAUCACCAGAAUCUGUCUCCAUCCCCCAGCCACCCAUCCUUUACAACCAACUCCUCAGAAGACGUCUUACUGUUUAGUAGUCCUGCUUCCUGAAAGUGACAGAUACCAAGCCUGGGGUGGCAUCUGUUUACCCUUUUCCGAUUUCUUUCCAUUUUGAUCCAACUACCCCACUUAAAUGGUUAUCCAAAAACAGUAGGCUAUUGGGGACCCGACACUCCCCUUGUGUGCUACUGGAAAUAGGGUUGUGAGCAGGUUGUUAAAGUUGGACAUGGCUGAAGUGCUUUGACACUGAGGCAGUGGAUGCACAGUUACCUUUUAAAUAUAGUUUUCAUUUACACAUUUUUAUUUCCGUUUCUGUGUACAUGACUGCCUAAAUUCAUACAUUUUGAAAGGUGUAAAGGUAUAAGCAGUGAUUCAUCAACUUUAUGGAAGCUACAUAGACCCCCCACACACCAUGCUUCUCAAGUAUUCUCUGUGAAUGCAAAUAAGUAUUCAAGCACACUUAAAGGCAGCAGAGACAGGUUUAUGGCUUAUUUAAAGUAUGUACAGAAUUGUUUAUGAUUUUGGGAACAGUUCCAAUGCAGAUGGCAAUGAUGGCGUGGUGAAUGGAAUUGUGAAUUAGUGAAGACUAGAUUGAGUUUAUGAAACAGAAUGUUAUCAACAGUAUAUACCAUUUUCAUAACCAGUUGAUCGGGAGUGUUCUAGGAAUUAGCGAUUAUUUGAUUUAUUUGGAGUUAGCUGAUCUUGUGUAGAUACAACCAAUGCUGCCCGUGUGCAAGACAGCUGUCAAGACAGCGCUUAUGGAUUACAGAUUUUUCUACAAAUAUUCUGAUUUACCUGAUUUUGCCAUGUUCAGAGACCAAAACAAGAAGCACUUAAUGCUUUGUGUAGUAGGUGUGGUUGAAAAUAUAACGUUAAAAUUUUUACCUUAAUUUACUGAGAUUCUGGGAACCUACUAUUCCCUCUGGUGCAUCCAGCACCCCUAAAGAUUCAUAACUUCCUCCUGCUCAUUCACUCAGUGGUAGACAGUGGUGUCCUUUAGCUUUCCUGUUUUACUAGCACUGCUGACCUCCGCAUGUUACAGUUAAUAUUUGCUGGCCUUUGUACAGUCUCUCAAUUGUCACCCCAGCUAGCUUUUUGGUCAGAUGACAUUAAGCAUUGUAACUCUGAAUAGUAGUUGGCUGUUGGUUGGCAUUUCCUUUCUGAGCCUGUGUGAAAUAAAUGUCUUCACAAUCAGUUGAA